AGACCAGCGAGUAGCUACAGUCUCAAGCAAAGACUACUACAAACACUGGCCAUGACAAAGCGUAGGAGAGGCGAACAGCCAUCUGUAGUCAUCAGUGCAGAGGUACAAGCACAGCUAAAUCAGCUUCAACAGCUACUCGACCUACUGCCACAGGGCACGCGCAUCCUCGACCAUACACAGGAUUCAUCUUCCUCGCUGCGGCAACAGCUGCACGACGAGAGCCUCUCGAGCUUAUCGAUGGCUGGCAAAAGCUUUGAUGCGAGUGUUGCGAGUAUUUAUGGAUACAUUACAAGCGCGACGGAGCGAAGAGCCGUUGCAGAGACGUAUGCGCGCGUCAAGCACAUUAUCCAUGCAGAGCAAGCACGCUCUAUCAUAAAGGUCAAACACGACCCAGCUGCAGAGGAGGAAGAAGAAGAAGCAGCAGGGGUCGAUCUACCGGCACGUCCUGUUGGUGAAAAGCAAGCACUCAUGUUGACGAGUCUUGCUGGUCCGCUCUUUUCCUCUGUUGCUCGUCGACUACCAGGUGAACCGGCACUGGAUGUGGAAUUGCCGCAAGGUGUCCAUAUGACGCGCAUUGUACCGACACCAGCAUCAGAGACGGGCUUGUUGAUGGAUCUACAUACAAGCCAACAAGCACCGCAGAAACAAUCCAUCUUGUCGGUUAGCACAAAGGCAAUGCCAGUGGUCAAGGUAGUCAAGCAGACUGAUCCCUUUGCUGGAAAACAAUUGACGAUUGAUAGCAGUGGGGCCGUGCUUGCUGAGCAAGACUUGCUGCCCUUACGCGUCAGCAGACGGCGCGCGAGACACGCUGCUUCUCAAGAGGCGCAAGAAGUAUCCGACGAGUUUAUGGCUGGUGUGCAACAGACACAGACCAGCACGACAGAAUUCGAUGAAGCACUCAUUACUGCAUAUGAACCAGAAGCGGAUCCGUCACUGAUCCUUGCACAACUUGCAUCCCUACAAACUGCGCGCUUCACGGAGAAUCCCUUUACGCCGAUACCAGCACAAGAACAAACGCUGGCUCAGCAGCUGCAGCAGUAUUUUGCCGGUGCAAUUCUAAAACAAGGUCUCUCAGCCGGUAUAUUGGCCGAGCACAAACGAAGACGCACAGGAUAUCUGAUACCGCGUUAUGCAGCAAGUUAUUCAGGUUCUCUCCCACCGACUGCAGAUCAGGCUGUCUUGUCGACGCGCGAUCACGUCUUGCCGCAUCCAGAGGUUUCGCCGCUUGCAAAGGAUUUGUUUGUGCGGCAGCCUGGACCGGUUCCUGUGCGUGCGCCUGUGCUGACUACUCCUUCUACUCCUGCUGCUGCUGCAGUUGCCACUACCACUGCUCAGACUGUCCCGUCGCCUGUAAGUACCUGACUAGAGUAAUGUAGAGUAUUUCCCCCUGGUGCUGCCGUGAGAAUUAUGAAUUUCGGAAAGAGAAAAGACACCACACCAGCAGCAGCCUCUCUUACAUUAUAAAUU